AUGACGGCAGCGCUCGACUGUUUUGACAUGGAGCGGCGUGAACGAGAUCUAGCAGUCACUUUUUCCAUCACUGUUCAGUACGGGAAAGGGAAUUCCCCUUUUGCCGCUUUCCCCUGUAACCCGCCCGCACGUCUCCCCACCAAUCGGUAUGCGCCUCCCAGCAGUCCUUCCUCCACUUCCUCCGCCUGCGCUGUGAAAGGCGAGGCCUACAGGGAGUCGUCUUUAGGAGGAGAGGAGGAGAAGAAGAAAAAAAAGAAGCUGUAUAGGCAGCAAGCGAUCGCCUUUGACACCAGGUUUCCUUCCCUCCUCGGAGCCUGCCGGGACCCGCGCCAUGUAUCCGCUGCCGCACCCCUGAGCCCCUCGACCACACAAAGGUGUGCAUUUUUGGGUUUGCAUGUAACAUUUUUGAAGGGUAUUCUAAAAGUACAGCAACAUUCUCAGCUGGAGGUUUGUGCCAGUGGAGAAUUCGGGGCCAAUUCUAGAUCCUUCUGGAGUCUGAUCAUACAGGGGCAGUGUGGCAACUACCCCAGUUCCUGUUUCUGGGUGGCAAUGCUUGACGGACGUGUGGUUGGGAUCGUGGCAGCGCAAGGCCGCGAGGACGACAACUCGUUGGAGCUGCGGCGCAUGUCGGUGGACUCUCGUUACCGCGGCAAAGGCAUCGCAAAGGUACUGGGUCGGCGCGUUCUGGAGUUCGCCGUGCGCAACAACUACGCCGCUGUGGUCCUCGGCACGACGGCUGUAAAGUUGGCCGCCCACAAGCUGUACGAGUCGCUGGGCUUCCGCCGAAUGGACCAGAGCAAGGACUACCGGCUUCCCGGGAUGAGGCGCACGCCGCUGGAGAGGCUCUUCUUCCAGAUCCGCCACAGCCGCUACCGCCUGCAGCUCCGUGAGGAGUGAGAGGUGACAGAGAGAGGGAGGGAGAGAUGGAGAGGGGGAGAUGGAGAAGACAGGGACAGAGAGAGCGAAGACCCUCAUCCACCCGAGAGCCCAGACAGCGUCCUCUCCUCUGACAGCUUCUAUUUAUUUUGUGUCAUUAGAGAUAACGCCGAGUACAACUUACCAAUAUUUCAUCUUUAAAGUCACUAACGUUUUCAUUCCUAUUAUGCUUCUUUUUUUUUGCUGUUGUUUUUGUUUUAUACUUUUACAUUUUAAAUAAGAGUUUGUUUUUUCCCUCUAUUUUAUUAAGAUAUUUUGUUGUACCUUUGCCCCUCCCCUUUACACUGUGGGAGAAAAGGCUUUUUAUAGGCGACAUCUUAACUGGCACCCUCCCCUGCCCCUUUGGUUUAAAGAUGAUGUGAUCAAUGCUCCCCUUCAUUAUACUCCACGAUGCCCUCUCUACCCCUCCCCUAUACCUCAAGCCUUCCCUCCCCUCCCACACUCGCUCUACAUUAAAAUCCAACAGAUGGGUUUGGCACAGGAAAGUGCAGUGAGACAUUUGUGUCAUUGGGGGUGGACAAAGCAAUGGAUUUGGUUGGGAGGGGCAGAUAUGGCUUCCUCGAGAGCAAAACAAACACACCAAGAAGUGUUUGGGGAGCUUGUGGAUCGCACUAUUUCCAAAAGCUCUUCAAUGUUACAUUGUGUGCUCUGUGGAUAUAAAGCAAGUCAUUUGGCUUGCAGCCAGCCGCUCAAGACGCCAUAUUGAAGCACAGCAAGUGUGUUACUGACCCCCACAGUGAGAGAGAAGGAUGGCAGGAUGGUUACCGGAACAUGCACCUAACGCAGUGCAUCUUCCCCACACACUCCUCCUCUUCCUCCUCCUCCUCACUGAUUUAAUUAGAUCCCUCCCUACUAUUGUUUUAUUAAUCCCUGCGUUUCUCACUGGAGCUGUGGAGAGGCUCUCUGAUUGGUCGAGGUGAAAGGAGGUGUGGAACAGAUCCCAUGAUACAGUAUAUCUGCAUGUCAGAGCUUGUGUGUGUGUGUGUGUGUGUGUGUGUGUGUGUGUGUGUGUGUGUGUGUGUGUGUGUGUGUGUGUGUGUGUGUGUGUGUGUGUGUGUGUGUUUGAUGAGGCUAUGGUCAGACAUAACGCCAUGCCUAAUAAGCAGCGUAUGAUGAAUUAACCUAUUUUUUUCGCGUGAACAGACACGCAACUUUCUUGCUAUGAGUCAAGUAUUAUCAAAGUAACCACUUUCUAUGUGUAUUUAUAAACUGUUCACUUAUAGAAGAAAGACACAUUCUAACAUUUUGAAUAUGUUUAGUAUUUGACUAAUCAUUAGUAAUUUUCUAACACAUAUUACCACAUUGUAAUAUGCUAAUUUUACCGUCAAAACUACGACAGAGUAGCUGCGCACUACGCUCCACAGAUUAAUCCAGGUUUUUAGGGAACAACUUGGGUAAGACAUGACUACUAGCAAUACUUGCAAACCUGUAACUGAGCACAAACAGCAAAUAACUAUCUAAUGUAUUAGCAUCCCCACUUCCUCAUGUAUUUAUAUUCUGGAGACUCAUGUAGCGAACAAAACGUCCCCCAUGACACCUCUCUCCAUCUCCAUCUCCUUCCUCUAAGCAUAACAACCAGCAGUAGAUUCAGCCAUCCACGACUCUGAGCCUAAGUUACGUCGUCAUACCAUUUGUAAAAAGUAAAACAUAAAGCAAAAAUGAAAAAAAAAAAUCAAAUAAGUUGAAAAAAGGAAAGAAAAAAAUUGAAUACAAAUGUAAUCGUCAUGAAUCCCUCCACGCCUUGCCACCCCUUCCCCCUAAACUCCCCCGACCUCCCAUAUAUGGAUCUGUCUGCAACCCUGGGCUAGACCCUAAACCUUCCAUCUGAACCCUCCUCUGACCUUUGACCCUAGCUUGCCCCAGGCCACGCCCAUUUCCCGCCCAUCUCUGCAUGCGCCACAGAGCCUUGCUGCACUGCUUUUAUUACUCCAUUUGAAGCUUGUUGGACAAAACCUUAGACCCCGCCCCUUACUCUGAUGUCAUCCAGGAAGUGUGACGAUCAGGCUGGUGCCAGGUUGCAAUGCUUGUACUGUAUGGGUGGGAUGCAGAGAGAUAAAAUGUGUGUGUGUGUGUGUUCGGAUACACUCACCGACUGCAGCACUGUCUGGAUGACAUCACGCCUGCCAGCCAACCAACUGUAGAAUGCAAAAGCAAUGCAAGUGUGGCAUGCCUCUGUACCUGGUGUGUGUGUACGGUGCCUGCCCUGGAAGUGUAGAGAAA